AUGGAUGGUUUUCACCCUUCUAUCAGUUCUAUGACAUCUCCUUUUUCUUACACAUUCCCUAUUAGUGGUGUUGCUGGUAGUAGUAGCAAUGUUACCAUUGCCACCAGCACUUACAGUAGUACUCCAUGGAUGAACAGCAGAAUAUGGAGUAAGCUUCCUCAAAGGCUUCUUGAUCGUGUCAUAGCUUUUCUUCCUCCACCUGCUUUCUUUCGUUCACGUUGUGUUUGCAAGAGAUGGUAUGGUCUUUUGUUUUCCAAUACCUUUCUUGAAUUAUACCUCCAAGUCUCACCACGCCGCCAUUGGUUCUUGUUCUUCAAGCACAAAACCCGAAAGAGCUAUAUCUACAAGAACAACAAUGGUGGCAGCACUGGACAUGGUGGUGGUGGUGGUGAAGGGUACCUCUUUGAUCCCUAUGAUAUGUCAUGGUACCGUAUUUCCUUUGCUUUUGUUCCUUCUGGAUUCUCUCCAGCAUCUUCAUCUUCAGGGUUACUCUGUUGGGUUUCAGAUGAGGCUGGUCCAAAAACCAUGCUUCUAUGCAACCCUAUAGUUGGUUCUUUAACUCAGUUACCUCCAACAUUGAGACCAAGACUCUUCCCUUCUAUUGGCUUAACCAUUAGCCCAACUUGCAUAGAUGUUACUGUUGCUGGGGAUGACAUGAUAUCUCCUUAUGCAGUGAAAAACUUAACAUCUGAAAGCUUUCACAUUGAUGGAGGUGGGUUUUAUUCCAUGUGGGGAACCACAUCUUCUCUGCCUAGGCUCUGUAGCCUUGAAUCUGGUAGAAUGGUUUAUGCAGAGGGGAAAUUCUACUGCAUGAAUUGUAGCCCUUUUAGUGUGUUGGCUUAUGACAUUACAUCAAACACUUGGUUCAAAAUCCAAGCCCCAAUGAGGAGGUUCCUUAGGUCACCAAACUUGGUUGAAUGCAAAGGGAAACUACUCCUUGUUGCUGCAGUUGAGAAGAGCAAGUUGAAUGUGCCAAAGAGUUUAAGGGUGUGGAGUUUGCAAGCUUGUGGAACAAUGUGGGUGGAAUCAGAGAGAAUGCCACAGCAACUUUAUAUUCAGUUUGCAGAAUUAGAAGUUGGGAAUGGUUUUGAAUGUGUAGGGAAUGGGGAGUUUAUUGUUAUAAUGAUAAGAGGAACAGAUAAGGCAUUGCUGUUUGACAUAUCAAGUAAGAGAUGGGAGUGGAUUCCACCAUGUCCAUACACUGCAAAUGAUGGCUUUGAAUUGCAUGGUUUUGCUUAUGAACCUAAACUUGCUACCCCAGUUACUUCCCUCCUUGAUCAAUUGGCACUGCCCUUUCAGAGUUAUAAUGCUUAA